AUGGCAGGAAAUAACGUUUUGUGGCAGCCCCGGGUGGUGGAGAACAUGCUACGAUACUACAAAGAGAAGAUACAAGCUGAGGGGAGACUAAUGUUUUUUCGUGAGAUACAUCAUGACGAGUGCGCAAAACAGAUUAAUGCAAAGUAUCACACAAAUUUCACUCAGCGACAAGUUUACCACAAGUAUCAUAAGCUGAAAGGUCAAUGGAAGGUUAUACUGCAAGCAAAGAAUUUAAGUGGAGCAAACUUUGAUGAUGUUAAGAAAAUGAUACUUUAUGAUGAAACAGAGGUUGUCAGGAUGCAGAAUGACAAAGUUCCAAGGGCGAAAUUUAUAAAUGCCCCCAUCCAUUGCUACGAUGAGAUGGAAUUCAUUUUUCAAGACAGGCAUGCAACUGGGGAGUUCACUGUUCUACAAGCACCAUACGAUCUUCCUUCCACUCAGGAUGGAGAUUUAAUUGGUGAUAAGAAUGCGAAUCGUGCAGAGGAUGUUGACCCAGGUUUGCAGUAUGAUUCAGAUUGCCUGUCUGAAGAGGAGGACGGCAAUUAUGGGGGAAGCUCAUCUAGCAAGCGUCCUGCUGCUAGCGAGCCUGAAAAAGUGAAGAGGCCUAAGCGUGAUGAUAGUGCGAUCUCAGAGGUGACUCAUGUUCUGCGUGAUAUGUCUGACACCAUGCGCUUCACUCAUGUCACUCAUCCAAAUGAAGAAUUAUUCAAGACAAUUGAUGCUAUGAAGGAGUAUCCAUUAUUUGUUCGACUUGAAUUACAAGAGUAUCUUGCAAAUAAUGAGAAGACUGCUGCUAUGUUGAAGGGAAGACCAUUGGAGGCCAUCAAGGAGUACGUCGAGAGAUGGUUUGUUAAAAACUAUCCACCUCCGAUGAUUUGA